UCCUCAUAAAAGGGUGAACAGCACCAGGCGACUCAUUCGUCCCGUCGGCACCGCUGCGACACGACUAACGAUGGCGCCUCUCGCUGUGAUCGUCUGCCUCUCUGUCCUCGUCGUCAGCUGCCACGGGCUGACAUGCUUCCCUUGCGAGGGUAUCAGGUGCCCCGCCCUGGACACCUACGACUGUCCCAAGAGUGUAGUGAAGAGUGGCUGUAAGUGCUGCCACGAGUGUGCCAAGGUCCAAGGGGAGGAUUGCGGUGGAAGCUUCAACGUCCACGGGCAGUGCGCGGAAGACCUGUCGUGUGUCGAAGUCGGCAAGGACAAGAUUACUUUCUGGCGGGGAAGGUGCAUGACGAGCCAGGAAGCCCAUGACUUCAGCUCCACCACACCGAUACCUGUGGGCAUUACCCAAUUCCUGUCGCCAAGAUUCCCGUACGACUCACCACCAGUACCGCCGCCAGUCCCCGAACGGAACUGAAGAGGCGGAGUAACACUGUGUUGUGCGUUGAGAGGAACGGGGGUAUUGAGGAUGGAAGGAUGCUGUCGCAUGGCAGGAAUACUAAUACUUUAGCUAGUUCUCAUUUACCUCCCUCAUACAGCACCUCCCGCCCCUCCCCUUUCUCCUCAUAGCGCUCUUCCGUCCCUCCUAUCCUCCCAUACACUUAUUCCCUUUUCCUUAGGCUACACACAGUUUAUGCUACACACAGUUUAUGCUACACUU